CAAAAUAAAAUGUUUAAAACGGUUUUAUAGGGCGUACUAACCCGUGUGUUUUGGUUGGGAUCGGUGUUAUUGAUUCGAAAACUGAACUUAAACUUUUGCAUUCAUUUACCACCUUUGUUACUCAUAAAUUCUUUUCGAAAUUGUUUCGAAUCAGUGUGUUUAAGAUCUGUAAGUUCAAGUUCAGCGCUUAAUCCGCCUUGCCAGGUAAAUUUUUUGACGUUUCGGAGUUAGGACAAAUGUAUGGCCGUUUUCAAAAGCUUUCCAAAAGCUCCCUAACUAAUCCAAACUUUUCUAUGGAGGACAUGGUGUCGCUAGUGUUUGCUUAAUAACUCCCAUCACAAGUCUGUUUCGAACUCAACGAAUGAGCCGGCGAGUUGAUCGAAUUAUGCCCAGGUGAUUUCCGGUGUCCAAAACCCAUAAUGGAUUCCGUUCAAAUGGUAGCUCACAUCGAAAAGUCUCUGGACUAUUCGGUGUUCGAUGUCAAAUGGAUUCCCUGUUCGGCCAAGUUCGUUGCCAUCGGUUCCAAACCGAAGGGAACCGGAAUACUGCAGGUAUAUCAGCUGAACCAGGGUCAGUUGGAAACGGUGCGGCAAAUGGAGAAACCGAAAUCGUUCAAAUGUUGCUCUUUCGGUGCUUCGAAGUUGCGGGAGAUGCAGAUCGCUUUGGGAGAUUUCGAUGGCAAGUUGGCCAUUUACGAUGUGGAACGGCUGGGGGAACCGGUCUAUGAGGUUUCGGAUGCCCACAAGGGGAUAAUCAAUACGCUGGAUGCCAUCGGUGGGACCACGGUUAACUGUGGCGCUCCGGAAGUUGUGACCGGUGGACGGGAUGGAUCGGUUAAGGUCUGGGAUCCUCGACAGAACGCGGUCCCGGUGGCUCACAUAAGUGCCUCGGGAGAAGGUCCAGCUGAGAAGCGAGACUGCUGGGCUGUCGGAUUUGGAAACUCGUUUAACUCCUCGGAACGAUUCGUCGUAGCCGGAUACGACAAUGGGGACGUCAAGCUAAUAGAUCUCAAAAUGAUGAAGGAACAGUGGACGACCAACGUCAAGAAUGGGGUUUGUGGAGUGGAAUUCGAUAGAAAAGACAUUCAGAUGAACAAACUGGUCGUCAGCACCUUGGAGGGUGGAUUGCAUGUUUUCGAUAUGCGAACUCAACACCCGGAGAAGGGUUUUGCUCAGCUAACGGAAAGAAACGCUGGACAAUCUCUAGGAACGAAUGGAGUUAUCAGUGGGGCCAAAUCGACAGUUUGGACCGUGAAGCAUCUGCCGCAGAAUCGGGACAUUUUCGUUUCCUGCGGAGGAUCAGGAAGUGUGCGACUUUGGCUUUAUCACUAUCCAGCGAAACGGGUCAACCAGAUAGCCGAAGGUGAGGUGUGCGGUGUACCGGGAUCGCUGGAGAUGCUCAAUGCUACCACUUUAUCCACUCAACCGGUUCACACCUUCGAUUGGAGUCCCGAUAGGCAGGGUCUAGCCGUUUGUGGAGCCUUCGAUCAAACGGUACGGGUCCUGGUGACCACUAAUCUGCACCUUCACUGAAGCAUGUAAGUAACCAAGUUGUAUAUACCUCAUAUUAUUUUUACAAAAGAAAAAAAUAGAAUAAAGGACGAAGUGGAAGUGUA